ACGAGGAUGUACACUAGAGGGCAGCAGUGAGAGUGUAAUGUAACGAGGAUGUACACUAGAGGGCAGUGUUGAGCGCCGUACUGAAGACACGGAGCUCUGAGGGGAACAAAGGAGUGUGGACCCGAAUAAUGGAAUUAGCCUGAUAUCGCCAAAUCCUGCCGACAAGAUGUCAAAGCGGCCGUCUUAUGCCCCGCCCCCUGCUCCGGCCCCCACUACACAAAUGCCCACCACCCCUGGGUUUGUGGGGUACAACCCAUACAGCCAUCUGGCCUACAACAACUACAGGCUGGGAGGAAACCCCGGCGGAAACAACAGGGUAAUGAAUUCCUCGGGGAUUACGGUUCCCAAGCCACCCAAACCCCCCGAUAAGCCUCUGAUGCCCUACAUGCGGUACAGCCGGAAGGUAAGCAGGAAGGUUUGGGACCAGGUGAAAGCCUCCAACCCCGAUUUGAAGCUAUGGGAGAUUGGGAAGAUCAUCGGGGGCAUGUGGAGGGACCUCACUGACGAGGAAAAGCAGGAUUACUUGAACGAGUAUGAAGCUGAGAAGAUCGAAUAUAACGACUCCCUGAAGGCCUACCACAACUCCCCGGCGUACCUAGCAUACGUGAAUGCUAAGAACCGCGCCGAAGCGGCUCUGGAGGAGGAGAGCAGGCAGAGACAGUCUCGUCUGGAUAAAGGAGAGCCUUACAUGAGCAUCCAGCCAGCUGAAGAUCCCGAUGUUCAUGUGUCCGUGUGUGUGUGGCUAGAUUAUGACGACGGGUUCUCUAUGAAGCACACAGCAGCAGCUCGAUUCCAUAGGAACCACCGGCUGAUCAGUGAUAUCCUGAGCGAGGUGGUUGUGCCUGACGUCCGCUCAGUGGUCACUACGGCGCGCAUGCAAGUGCUCAAACGCCAGGUCCAGUCCCUCAUGGUGCACCAGAGGAAACUGGAGGCAGAGCUGCUGCAGAUUGAAGACAGGCAUCAGGAGAAGAAGAGGCGGUUCCUCGAGUCCACCGAUUCCUUCAACAACGAGCUCAAACGGUUGUGCAGUCUGAAAGUGGAGGUGGACAUGGAGAAGCUGGCAGCGGAGAUGGCAGCGGCAGAAGAAGCCGCGAGACGGAGGGCGGAGGAGAGGGAAAGGGAGAGGGAGAAGGAGAGAGAGCGGGAGAAAGAGCGAGAGGCGGAGGCGGAGAAGACCGAGAGAGCACCGGAGGAGGAUCAGCAGGGAGCAAGUGGACCAAACAGCAGCGAGCAGAACACCAGCAGUGACAGCAAGGAACAGGACAAACCAAGUCCAAUGGAGACAGACGAGGCUCAUGCUGAUGUGUCUGAGGGCCAGCAGGAGUGUGAGGAGCGCCCAGUGGAGAAGCCAGAGCAAGCAGAGAGUGGGUUGGAGGAGGGGGCGAGCGACAGUAAUCCUCCACUAGAGAGAGAAAACAGCACAGAGUCUGCACCGUCUGACACCGCGCCGGAAGAGAGAGCCCCUGCCGCCCCACAGUAACUGAGCAAACUCCACACUCCUGUGUGCGUACAUCCUCUGAACCUUGACAUACUGAGAUAUCAAAGGCUUUUAGAGGACACAGCCACUUUUUUUUUUUUGUUCGUUUGUUUUUUUUUUCUAUUUUACCCCUUCAUCCUACACCCCAGUGAUACACCCCACCCAACUGUAACACAUUCAGUGAUUUAUUUUGUGUGGGGGGGGGGGCUAAUUAAAAGCGCCUGUCUAAGUUUUGCUAUAAUAAAACAGCUGGUAUGUAGACCACCUUCUUCACACAUUUCUGCAUUAGGCCUACAGAACUUUAAUUAUGUAUGACCUUUAGCAUUCCAAGUUAAAAGGUAAUAUAUAAUUCAAGAGGAAUGUGUGAACCAAACUAACAGUACCUUGGUUUUAUUAUUAGAACUUCAUUAAGGAAAAGUAAAUCUCCUUUUUUUUUUUUUUUUUUAAACCGUGCCAGGCUUUGUGAAGUCAAUAAUUUUUUUUUAUUUUGUGCUUAUGUUCACGUCCCUUAAAAUUCAGAAUUUUUCCUCUCAAUUUGAAACCUUAAUUAGCUGUAGACUGUGUUUAGGUAGUGUUUUGUUCCUCAUUUUAUUUUCCUAAUAUUCUUUCACUGAGCUGGUUACAUAUCUUGGCAGGAUAUUGCCAUAAAGCGCAGGUGAAAGUCAUCAAUCUCACUAGGUUGUUAGCAUACACAUUCUCGUUAAAUGCAGCCGUUUUGUACUGUUACUAUGUAUUACCCAAUAAAGUGAUUUAUAAUGUCUUAA